AUGUAUCUCCGACGCCUUCUUACGCCCCGAAGAUUUAAAAAAGUUGUAAAGCGUUUGAUUUUCGCACUAACUGCAUGCUUGAUCUCGUUUAUUCUAUUCUUCAGUAAAUUUUGGGGAAGACAUAGCGACAAUACUGUUAAGGAACUCUCCGCGUUUCCAGGGAUGAUCAGUGGCGCUGGCCAACAGGAUCUCCGUUAUGGCGACGAGAAUACUGUUGCAGUACCUGUGUCAAACGCAGUUCUUAAUGUUCACGUUUGGCGAAUGCAAUGCGGUUCAAACGUUGCAUAUUUAAAAAAGUCACUGUUCUUUCCAAAAUAUCCUGAUCAGGAGAAGUUCAUCAACGAGUUUCAGGUUGAAGACGACAGCGUGGACUACGGUCAGAAAAUCUUUGGAUAUUUACAUCCACAAAGUAAUGGUUUGUAUCGUUUUGCGAUCGCCUCUGACGACACUUCGGAGUUAUGGAUAAGUACAGACGAAUAUCCCGAAAAUAAACGACUAGUUGCUCGUGUGUUUAGUGAAAAAGAAAUAGCUUGGACUCGUAAGGACGAGUUAGAUAAAUAUCCUGAACAGAAAACCAAAAAGCCACUCUAUCUUCAAGCUAAUACGAAAUACUACGUCGAGGUUUUACACCAACAAGGCAUAUACAAAGGGUUCGUGCGUGUAUUUUGGACUAUAUCUGACAAAGAUGAAGAUUUAAGACUCAUCACUUCACAAUACCUCUCGCCAUUUUUGCAGAAUACAACGCAUAUAACUAAGAAAAAAGUAGCCCUCCACAAUGUGCUUUCGCAGCGAUAUCAGCAAGAGUUUCAAAAACAAUCCGACCGAAUCAGCAGCAAAUUUGUCAAGUUUUAUUCUCUGCCUUUCAUUUCGAAAGCUAAUUUUCUAACUUCCUGCUAUUACAAUAGUAGUUUUGUAGCAAGAACUAAAGUUCAUCGCAAUAAAGGCGUGACAAUGGUGUUUGAAUCCAGUGUUUUCCCACCAGACGAUACGCAGAUGUCAAACGCCCCCGAAUUGGGGAGGUGGGGCAGUCCAAAUCGAGUCGCCGACAGCGAGGUCAUUCGGUCAGUCGUGCAUAGCCUGGUUGCUGCACUUCGUCUCAGUUCCUCAAAGUAAGUUAAAUGAAAAUCUCGUUAAAUGUUUUAAGAUAUACCGUAUUUCCUCUGAUAAGCGCCCAUGCUCUAACAAGCGCUCUCCCCCGAAUAAGCGCCCACCCUGUAGCCAAAACACAGUAAAUCCGGGUACUAUUUGGUGUAAGACUGCCCACCGCCCAGCACAUGAGACCGCGGAGUUGGUAUGUGUUCUUCAGUGCUAUAAGUAUUAAAGCCUACCGGUGCGGCUUAAAUUUAUUUAUUUCGGUGGAGACGCUUCAUUUUCAAGGUGCUAGCCGGUAUUACUACAAAAACCAGUCUGCCAACACUGAUGGGGGAACUCCACCACGCGACGCACAAAAAGAGAUAAGAAAAAAGCGUUCAGUCGGACAUUUUAAGCUGACAGCGAAGUUAAAAGGCACGAAGAAAAUGAACAAGAAUGUUCACUCAUUGCCCUUGCAUGUGUUCACUAGGCCUUUUCAUAUCUAGACGUUGUCGCAUGACAGUAGAUAGAUGAAGCAAAUUCAACGCUACGAUUAUCUCGUACCCAGAUCUCUUGUUGACGAGAGAUCUGGGCACGAAAUUAACUCGACGACGGUAACGAUGGCGCGUGCAGUUCAAAAUCCUUAUCAAACAGUGGCAGAGCGGCAAAUUGAGCACUAGAAGUCACGUCAACUCCUUUCUGUGACAAUAAUCUCGUAUCCCAGAUCUCUUGUUGACAAGCCGAAGGUGCGAACUGGUCAAAUCCGAUUUGUGUACGUGAUCGCCUGUCAGAAAUGCAACAGGCCAUGAAAGAGCACAUGCUUGAAGUAAAUCAUAAAAAAACAGGCCCCAAUUUUUUCAAUCCCCUGACACUUCAUUCAUUGCAACGGCUGCAUGCCUUUCUCGCAUGCGAUCAUAAUGCUUGUGGUAACACAAGGCAAUAGCAUGUUUUCCUUGACAAGUAUUCUGCGCUGAAGUAACAAUAAUUCUUACAUCGACGCCCGGGGGUGGGGGGAACUCCGCAUAUGAAAGGGGUGGGGAUGCUCUUCGUCUCGCUUAGGGGUGUAAAUUUCGGAUUUCGGUCUGACUUAGGGUGUUCUGGGCAAAACGCCAUCAUAUUUCGUUUAGGGUUGCACUUAAAAAAAUAUAAAAAAAUCCAUAUUGUCUGUGUUUUAACAUGGUCUCUUUUAGGGGUCAAAAAAACUUGGGCCACGCCCAGAUCGGUCUCCUUAAGGGGUUUAAUUCAACAUUUCCGACGAGCAUCCCCACCCCUUUCAUAUGCGGACUCCCCCCCCGGGCAUCGAUGCUUGAUUGAUGAUCCCUUUGUUUACAAAUUCUUCUAGCUUUUUUUUCACCUUUUCUUUUUCUUUCAGGAACUACACUUUGAAGAGAAUUCACAAAGUUCUACAAAAACCAGAUCCGGUUUAUGGGGACCGUUUUUCCGUUGAUCUGGAACUUGGCCUUCCUCACACUGAGAAAUCAUAUCGCUUCUCUGAGCACGUGUAUCAAAAAAAGGGAACAAACAGUUUGUGUCUUCCCAAGGGAAUCGAGUGGAACAGAAACGUCACCGUUUACAUAAUACUCCCUGUUAAAGAUCAGGGAAGAUGGGUCUAUCAUUUCAUCAAUGGUCUCACGGUUGCCAGCUUAUUAACGGGUGAUAAGAACUUCCACGUUAUUGUUGCUGAUUUUGAAAGUCAAGAUAUCGACUUUGCCAAAGCGUUCGACACUGCCCUUCUGAGGAGCAGGCACACUAUUAUCAACUUGACCGGUAAAUUUUACAAGACCCUGGCACUGAACAAAGCUGUAGAGCAAGUACCAAGUGCGCAUGAUCUGUUGUUCUUGUUUGAUCUUCAUAUCGAUGUGCCCGUUGACAUUCUGGACAGCGUGCGAAAGGUGAGUUGACACGUGUUGUUGUAGAUCGUUUUCCCUUGGAGUCACAGCGGCCAUAUUGGUGUUGCAAAACAAUGAAACCGCGGCCAUUGCACGUUGGUGUACCAAGACAAUCCUGUGGACGUUGAACUCUUUUCUCAUGAAAACGCCUUUUAUUCUGUUUCAAUAAAUUACCAAAGAUGUUUGCCUCGUGAGUGAAAACGCUCCAUAACAAGAUACACUGACUUCUUUUGCGGAUAACUUGUUAUUUUGUCUCGAAAUACUGAUAUAGCGUUUUUGCCUACUCGUAGCCAAAAAUCUAAAUGCCGAGUGUCUGUUGCAUUUUAGAGUACUGAAAAUGUUGUGGUCAUUUCUGUUGGAAAAUGGGUUAUACCAAAUUCCUUCCGACCACACUGUCAGAAUUCUUGUUACGUUUAAGUAUCAAGAUCAAGUUUAGUUUCCUUAUUUUCAACAGAACACCAUAGAAGGAAGAAUCGCUUUCUUUCCCACAGUGGGACGUUUAGACUGUCAAAGUACAUAUAUUGAUCAUCAAGGCCAUUGGGAGAUAUACGGUUAUGGUCUUCUUGCUGUAUAUAAAUCGGACUGGAUACGUUUUGGCGGUAAGUUAAAAGAAAAUCGUUAUUUUAAUACCGUCCCUGCUGAACCACGUGACAUACAUUUGAACAUUUUUUUGGCUCCGAUCCAAAAAUAAGAGAACUGCAGAGAGCCAAAUUUUCAUUUUGAGUUACUAGACGAUAAAGUGUAUUUUUUACAUGACUUUAUGUAGAUACCCUGCGUUGCAGACGUGAUGAAACCUCGGUAGGUAAGUAACGUUUCUUCGCCGAGGUCUUUGUUCUUGGCCCACAACGGACUCAACAACUUAGCGGAAAUGCGUUUUGAAUUUCCUUUCAACUUUACUGGCAAAUCGACUAUCGUUAAGUUCCUAAAGUAACGACGCCCCGAAAAUAGUGGAUAAAAUUUCAUAGGUGUUAGCAAAUGCCAAAAGUAGCGACCCUCCGAAAGUAGCGACUUGAAAAGUGAUUUCCCUUCUUCAGCUAGAAAUAACGAAAAUCAUAGUGCUGUUACAACAAGCUUUACGAAACUGACGGGUAUAAUGAUCUUUGACAUUCCCUUAUGUAACUCAAAACGCACAGUACAUCUUUUUUUUAUGCUCAAAACGUCCUCCUUUCGUCUACGAAUAUCCACCCCGUAAUCAAACAAUUCUUUUGAAUAUUUAUUUAAAAAAUAAUAACAUAAAAAUAAGUUUCCCCUAAUAAAACGUGUGGAUGUUUUCACAAUUGUCGCGAUGUUAUUUUUAUAACUUUGUACGGCCCAUGUACAAUACAGGUUUAAGCUACCCGAAAGUAGCGAUAGGAAAAGGUUGCUAAUCCGAAAGUAACGAGGGUCGUUACUUUCGGAACUUUACCGUCUGACUUUUUUAAAAGGCCAAUUAUGACGGGUACUCAAAUGCAGGUACACUGUUGUAUAUCGAUCUGCCCGUUGACAUAUCGAUAUGAACAAGGGUUUCGGCGCUGUUUCGCAGACCUUACUAACCGUGGAUUGAUUAUGUCUACGACGCAGGCUAUAUGUAGAAAGAUCCAAGGAAUUUCCCUGUUAAACUUAUCAGUUAUUAUUAUUCAUUCAAAAUAUUUCCCCGAUUCUGAUUGGCUAAAAGCACACGCAUAAUUCACCAUAACCAGUUUCUGAUGACCAAAUUUGGAAGAAUUUUGUGUUUAACGAGGAAAUGACGUCAAAAAUGCAGUGUUCGUGCAGGUUAAGGCACCGUUAACCGAGAAGACCUGGGGACGAGGUUGAGUUGUUUUGCUUGUGAACUUGAAAAAUGGCGGACAUUUCACUCGCUUCAAGAGUAAGAACUAUGCGAAAAAAUAACUAAAAGCAUGGCAAGAACAGUAAGAAGACAACUCGAAGGGCGACAUCUGCUAUUCGGAGAAUAUUUGCGGAGCUGGACAAACCUAAACGUGCACUAUCGAAGAUGAACUUAACAUCGAUGGAUCGAUGGAGGUCAGCAUGUUUAAGCCAUGUUUUUCAACUAGGAAUUAUUUUGACUGAAUACUAAAACAGUUAUUGAAUUCGGCUUUCGUAUCAUAUAAAAGAAUUAUGGAGAUCUCGGAGGGUGUUAUCCGCCUCGGCCUAAGGCCUCGACGGAUAACACCCUCCUCGAUCUCCAUAAUUCUUCAUAAGAUACUCAGCCUUAUUCAUUAAUUGUUAAUUAUUUAAACUACAGUUAGCCUGCUAGCAAACUCUCCGGGACGCUCUGACUUGCUUGAAGGCUCGACCACAGUUAGUCAGGUGAGAUGAUCAGUAAGAACAAAGGCUAUUCGUAAAACAUAUUUCAGAGGUUAACGCGCGGAAAGAUUUAACUGGCGACCUUCCAAUUUUUCGCAUAGAAGUAGUCCGUUGACGUUGUAUUCGUUUUCAAUACAUUAGAUUUGUUUAAUACGUACACUCGCCUCGCACGUUUCUAUGUACAUUAAGUCAGUAUUUUUCCUCGGUAUAUCGGUAUAACAUGCGAGUAGUUCUAAUACAAUAAAGCAUGUAAAGUUUGGAUCAAAUAGAACAGUGUGAUUUAUUGUUACGAUUGGAGUCACACAUUUUAUUUGUUUGCACCGGCGCAUCGUGAGAGCGCUGUUAUGUGAUCCAUGUCCUGAAAGUCCAAUAGCGGUUUGUAUUUGGGAGGGGGGGAAUUGCAAGAUAAGAGAGUUGUAGCCGUUUGUCUUGUCAUUGAGUACAAUCGUAACUUUUAACUGCUUAAGAGGCAGUCUCCCUAAAAGCGUUCCACUCGAUUUUGGACUCGAAAAAACUUUUGCCUCAUAAUUUUACCAUCAACACUACUAUCCAUCCUGAUAACGAAAUUGCAGUUAGAAUGAGGAAAUUGUUUAUUUUACUGCCAUUCCCAGCAUUUCAUUGCUGGACGACCGUUAGCGGCUAAAAUAUGCAAAUUUUAGUCUCUGCUAUACAGGUUUUUUAACGAUCGUUCUAAAGUUCUUCGGGUCAUCAAAUCCUAGACUAUUGCACUCAUUUGGAAGCAUAUUACUUCUUCUUACUGUUCCAAUACCGUUUAGGCGUUAUCUUUCUGUAAUCAGCAAAAACUGGUCGUCUUUAUUUCGCUAAUCCAAUUAAGAAAGCAAACUGCACGAGAAAAUGCCUCAAAAACAUCUCAAAAUUCUCAAAAGUGGCACCUAAACUAGACCUAAAAACAUGGUUUAGUUAAAGAUUAAUAGCUAUUUUGUCAAGUUAUGCAAUAAAACUUGUGGCACAACGCGAUUCAGAAUUGAAGGUUUCAACUCAAAUUUAGGCAAAUGUUCAAUUUGCGUUGCGUGACGAUACCGGCUGCUGUCACAACAAAAUCCUCAGUUAUUGAAAUACUUGCCACUUUUAAGUAAGAUAUGCCUCACUUUCCCACCAAAACUAUAUUAAAAUUCCGUUUUUCCCUUUGCCAAUGAUACAUAUUGUUCAAAAAUUAGUUCAGCAAGUAAAAGAUACCUUUCCAAGCUUCAUUUAAUAUUCCCACUGCCCCGAACAUUCGUGUUAAGUCUGUUGUGUCAAGACGGAAAAAUACCUUUUCAGAACCAAACCUCUUCUAGCUUAAAAUGUGGUCCAGUCUGAAAAAGCUGCAUUGACCAGAAGUUACUCCGAUCCAUCAUAUUAUAAAAUCGAACGUUAGAAGAAAAGUAAAUUUCCCACUGCUUGAUUAAAUAUGCGUGAACAGGUCAGAAAAUGUUUGACUUGUACUUCGCCCCACGUAAGGGUAUCCGGAUUCCGGAAACUGGAAAAUUUUUGCUUGUAGGAUCCGGAAUCCGGGAAAAUUUUGAUAUGAAAUCCGGAAUCCAGGGCUUUGGAAUCCAGAAUAGAGCUCAAGCACCCUACUAAGGAAUGAAAUUCCACCGGAAAAGACUGGAAUCCAGCACCCGGAAUCCUGAAUCCAUGGAAUGGGAUCCAGAAUCCACGACUGUCUUGUAUUCGCUAACAUGGGGCGAUAGUACUGGACUGUGAACGACGACUUACAAUUUUCCCUUUAUUUACCUUCCACUGAUCAGGAGCCCAUAUUUGAAGACUUUGUUAAUGAAAUUUCAAUUAGUAGGUUUCUUCCAUUUCCUGACUGUUUCUUCCUAUUAACAGUGGUCAGCGUUUGUUUUCACGCUCCAAGAGACAGUCUGGAGUCUAAGGCUACUUUUGUAUCGCAGCCAGUUAAUAAAGAAGUUGGCACACGCAAAUAAUAAAGUUUCAACAUUAAUUUCGAAUCGUGCAACAUCAGUGAAAGUAACAAGAAAAUAAAGUGUGGAAGUUCACGCGUUUUUCCCAACUGAUAAAAGUACACGAUUGUCAGGACACCAUUACUUCUUACCAUGAAACCUGUCAUCCAUCGAAGUCUGAACUAAGUGAAGCCGACCCAGUACUCUCAAAAGAUGGUAAUCAUUGACCUUACGAAAAAUCAAGUGAAACAGAUGGUGAUCUGCUUCCCCAGGAGGACUCCCAUGCAAAAGUGACGUGGGUGCUCGUCGUUUGCAGAUUUUGGUCUCACUUCGGUUGUUUGGGACGGAAAGUACCUAAAUAUGCUCAUCCAGGUAUCGCUUAAGGCUGUGCAUAAAGAAAUUUGCCAAAAAAAAAAAAAACGCGGUGACGCUGACCUCACAGAAAUCUCCUUUAGGGGUCAGUUUAAGCUUGAGCCACACCCACAUUGGCCUCCCUUAGGGGUUUAAAUAAUAAGUUAUUAAUUUUCCGACGAGCAGCCCUUCACUUUUAAAUGAAAGUCCUCCCGGCGAUUACCGACAAAUAUCGGCAUAUAAACUCGGACGAUUUUGGCGGACACCUCGUAUAGAGGACCAAGAAAGGAAUAUUAGGACCAAGGACGGGCAUGUAAUUGGUGUGGAGAUUGCUAAGAUCGUAUACCAUCUAUUUUAAAGGAUGGGAUCACGUACGUAUAAAAUCAUAAAAUCAUUGCUAAUAUCCUUAUCACUAGUUCCUUUAUCUGUGAUAAGAUAACGACAAAAGGGCCAAUGGGUAUUGUCAUAAUCGUAACUUCAAGUUCAGACAAUGAUAAACUCAGUAGUGAGUGAUGAAGUUAUGGAGAAAAGUAGGAAGUGGCUUUAAGUCAAAUAUCCUGAUAUUAAUCAGUGUUGCAGUAUGGCAUAAAGUUACACAGUCAGCUGAUGCACUUGCACAUUUGAUAUCAUUUAUUUAUGACCUGACGGAUUUGAAUAUCACAAGAUACACGCGUGAAACGGAAAGUGAUAAGCGCAUAUCUAAACCUAAUUUGGAGUCGGAGUUAAAUUGCCAAAAUCGUGAUUACCUACCUUUAGGCAUAUUACUGAGAGUACUCAUGACAAUUGUUUAGUACCAUGGAGAAUUCACUGACAGAAUUUUCUAUUGAAGCCCAACGUGGACAAAAACCUCUGAAUUCGAACAAUCAGUAGAGGUGAGAACUGACGUGAAGUCUGAAUCCGGCAUUGUCGAAGGUUUCCCGAGCAUGAACAUUUCUCCAGGUCGAGACCCCUACACUGUUUUUACGUCUUUUCUCGUCUCACGUCUUGUUAGCGGUUAUUACCCUGUUCUUACAGACGCUUGCAUUCUACCACGUUAAUGAUGUAAAAAUACAUACAUCUGAACAACAGCUGAAGGAUCUAGGAUCACAUUUUUAAAAAUCGGCCUUUGGACCCUCCGUGUGGAUCCAAAUUCAUAUUGAUAUCGAUUUUACUAAAUUAAGCGCCACCGCGUUUAUCAUUUCGUUUUUGCGACUACAGUGCGGCGCUCAUUUGAUGCACCAGCCUACCGCGGACAGUUUUGUUGAGCCACUCAGAGAGGAUCUUAUUGCUUUUAUAUGUCUGCAUACCGAGAUGCUAUGACAAAGAAUAUAAAGACCGCAAAUACUUCACAAAUCUUAUGAAAAAAAUACAAAAACAAAAAACGAGCGAGAUUGCAUGCGAGUAAACAAAGAUCUGGUACAAAUUUCCCUAAAACAGUCAAAUAUAACAAUAUAACAAGCUUAACAACUUGACAGGCUAACGGUUUUAUUCGGUGGUGGUAUAAAAAGGUUACAACCGAACACUGUCUGGCUACCCCUGGCUACUCAGUCACUUCACUCGCUGUCCAUCACGAAAUUGAUAGAGUACAGCAUUACCAGCAUAGCACUAGCACUGUAUAUAGACAAUCAGAUUUGUGAUCGAAGGCCGGUAGAUUUAUACAUCUUAGAAUUUAUACUAAUAUCAAAUUCCUAAAGGUGUCCGGACACUAACUUAAUUCAAUGUACAUUUCACAGCUGAUUUCAUUUUUUUUAAGGGCAAAAACAAUUUACUUGAUAAGAAUUUAUAAGUACGAGACCUAUUGUGGCGUAGACGUAAUUAACGGAUUGUUGAUUUUACUUCUUUGAACUCCAGUCCACAUUUUCUUAAUUUUUCUUUAAGGACUACCGUGUACCAUCGUCCCAUAUAGUGUAAAGGUGAAUGUGUGAAGGACAUUCUAGCUACAAAAUGUAAAUUCUUCCACCUGUCACAAGACAGGAGAAGCAUUGUUCUCGUUAAUGUUAUCUGUAAAACAAAAAUGUUCGUUAGAACGCGAUUGAAGUAUGUCGAAUAGCCUCUUCCAGACGUUCAGACUGUGGGGGCGACCCUCCAAGGGAUGCCAGUAAGAAAAGGGCGAAGGGGUGGGGUAGAGAGAAAUGCGUAUUUUUCCUGACCCACUCUACUAAUAAGAAGGCCAACUACUGGGAGUCGAACAAAGGACGGCCGGCCGAGACUAUUAAUACGAAGGUCAGUGGAAAAGUAAACUUAAACUUCUAUAAGCUUAACCUAUUUACGAUUUUUCUUGUUGAUAAAGUAAAAAAAAAGAAACAAAAAAACAAGAAAAAAAUAAAACAGAAAAAUUGUCUUUUGUAGGAUCACGAAGAAUUUUUUUACUGUCACUGCGGCCCGUGUCACGCCACGCGAAUUCGGCAUCAAUAUGCAAAUUUAGGUCGAAUCCUUCAAUUCUGAAUCGCGUUGUGCCACAAGUUUUAUUGCAUAACUUGACAAAAUAGCUAUUAAUCUUUAACUAAAACAUGUUUUUAGUUCUAGUUUAGGUGCCACUUUUGAGAAUUUUGAGAUGUUUUUGAGGCAUUUAUUCGUGCAUCUUGCUUUCUUAAUUGGGUUAGUGAAAUAAAGACGACCAGUUUUUGCUGAUUACAGAAAGAUAAUGCCUAAAUGGUAUUGGAACAGUAAGAAGAAGUAAUAUACUUCCAAAUGAGUGCAAUAGUCUAGGAUUUGAUGACCCGAAGUACUUUUAAACGAUCGUUAAAAAACCUGUAAAACGGCAUCUAAAAUUUGCAUAUUUUAGCCGCUAACGGUCGUCCAGCAAUGAAAUGCUGGGAAUGGCAGUAAAAUAAACAAUUUCCUCAUUCUAACUGCAGUUUCGUUAUUAGGAUGGAUAGUAGUGUUGAUGAUAAAAAUAUGAGGCAAAAGUUUUUGCGAGUCCAAAAUCGAGUGGAACGCUUUUAGGGAGACUGCCUCUUAAUUUUGAAAGGAAUGAAUGCCGAGGAAUUCAAGUACAAAUGGGGUGGAGAAGACUGGGACCUACUGGACCGCAUCGUGAAUGCUCAGUUGGAAGUUGAAAGGAUUAAGUACCCAGGCCUCUAUCAUCAUUAUCACACCAAGCAGGAAAUGUGGAGUUAA